UAUAUUAGUGCUGUGAUAGUAAAUAAAACAUAAAGUUCUACAUUUAGGUAAUGUUAAUGAACACGUGCAAAAUCGAUGUUUAUGUGUUGUUAUUGUAAUAUUAUUAUCAUUGACAGUCUCAUUUCGAAUGGCGAUUUGGAUUUGGUAAAAUACCAGGAAAUGCUUAAGAAUCAACAUCGUUGCGAUUUGUACAACAGCAACUCUGAUGUGUUGAUUGCAUUGUUUGCAGCGAAACAACAGCGACUGUUUUACAACACGCGCUAGUUGAAUUAAGUGGUUAAUGAAAUGUGUCGAGGGUAAUAAUUGUUGUUAUAGGGAAAAGUAACAAAAUAAUGGUGCCUGCGCCGAGUUGUCCCAAUACGUGGGACUACUGGAUGUCCCCGCAGUCCGAUUGCGUAGAACUUACGUGCCUGCUCCCGAAUUCAAUGUACAUACCCCUACGAAAAAGUUGGGAUGCAACUUUUGAGGAUGUCAAAGAGGAUCUUUGGGACAGAGCAGUCAAUUAUCCUUUAUUCGGAAUGUUGCUUGAAAUGAACAAAUAUAUUUUUCAAUUCGUAAACUCAUUAGCUGUCACAGAAGAAUUAGACGAUGAAAGAAAACGUAUAUGUGACAUCAAACCUGUAUGUGGUGUGCUUAUUAUAGUUAAAAGGUCAGAUGGUAGACCUGCGGAAGACUGCCUUAACAGAGACAUCACACAUUUGAUAGGAAAAUCCCUAAAAGUAUUUGAUAGUCUAAAAAAUUCAGAAGUGAACGAUUAUCGAAUGCGAAUGCGCUAUUUGGCCGAGGAGAGUUUGCUGAAACGGACGCAUAGCACCACGCUCGAACGUCUCCGGUAUCAGUGUCCGCUGCGGCUGGCCGAUCAGCCCGAGAUCCCGACAACACUGAAGAGUCAUCUUAAUGACCAGCGUUUCAUACUCGUUACCAAAGUUAUGGAGAUAACCUCGUACUCAUCAAACGUGCCGGCCACGUUGACUCCUCAGCAACACAUCGAAAUCGUGCUUCGAAAGUUGAACAACUCCAUGAAUUUGAGGUCGGAACAUCCUCACAAUUACGUUCUCAAAGUGUGCGGCCGUGAGGAGUACCUAUUCGGGGAUUAUCCUUUGAUACAGUUUUUAUACAUACAAGAGAUGCUGGCCGUAGACGGAGUGCCUCAAGUUAUGACCGUCAGUAUUGAUAAAUUGCGUUUAUCCUUGGAUCGUGAGAUACCAUAUAUGCCGGAACGCAGAAGACUUACAUCGGAACAUUCGAACACUAUGCGAAGAAAGAAAAACGAAUCGUCUUGGAACAUUCAGAAGAAUUACACUUGCCGCGUGCAAAGCGCUUGCGGACUCAAUGUGGACCCAAGCAGAGUGGUCGAGGUUGUCUGUUUAGGCGGGAUAUUCCACGGUGGCAAGCCGCUAUGCGAAGUACAAAAGACAAAAGUUGCUGUAAUAUCGAAAGAAGGUGUUGCCACAUGGGACGAAGAGCUGACAUUCCCGAUAAAAGUUCACAACCUACCGCGAAUGGCGAGACUGUGUUUCGGUAUUUACGAACUAUCAAAGAUUAAGUCGAAAUGGAGAGGAAAGGAUAAGGAGCCGGUGAAUCGAUUGACGUGGGCCAACACAAUGGUGUUCGAUUACAAGGAGCAGCUGCGCACGGACGGCGUGCGGCUCGCGAUGUGGACGCACGUGGCGGACGACACGCAGGGCGACGACAUGGUGCUGCACCCGCUCGGCACCGUCGUCGCCAACCCCACGCCCGACUCCGCCGUGCUGCAGGUCAUGUUCUCCAAUUACGACUGCCAAUAUCCUAUCCUAUUCCCGAAGCAAGAGACAGUGAUGGCUUACUCGGACCACAUCGAGAGCGUCUCCCCGGACUUGAUGGACAGACUGUGCAGAGACUUUGAACGCUUACGUAUAAUAGCCGAGAAAGAUCCUAUGUAUGAAAUGCACGAGCAAGAGAAAAAAGAUAUUUGGGCUUCGAGAGAACGCUUUCGAGUGGAAACGCCGGAGCUGCUGCCAAAGUUAUUGUCAUGUGUUGAAUGGGGUGAACGAACUCAGGCCUCCAGCGUGCCCAGAAUGUUGGACGAGUGGCCUCUGUUGCGGGUGGAGUCUGCUUUAGAGCUGUUGGACUACGCGUACGCUGAUGCAGCCGUCAGGAGUUUUGCUGUCAAAUGUUUGGAAAAAAUUAGUGAUAACGAUCUCAUGCUGUACCUCCUCCAGUUGGUUCAAGCCCUGAAGCACGAGUCCUACCUCAUGUGUGACCUGUCCGUGUUCCUCCUGCAGCGAGCCUUCAAGAAUAUGACCAUUGGACACUAUUUAUUUUGGCAUUUAAGGUCGGAGAUGCACGUGCCGUCCGUGUCCGUGCGCUUCCGGCUGAUGCUCGAGGCGUACUGCCGCGGCUCGCAAGAGCACAUUAAGAUACUCAAGCAACAGAUCACGUGUCUGGAGAAACUUAAAUGGGUGAAUCAGUGUGUUAAAGAGAAAAAGGAGAUUUCUAAAGCCCGAAUCGCGUUACACCAGCACUUACAAGAGAAACACUGCGUCGACGCUCUCUGCGAGGGAUUCGUGUCGCCGCUCAACCCUAGCUUCAAGUGUAAAAGAAUCAAGCCUGAAGGUUGUCGAGUCAUGGACAGUAAAAUGCGUCCUCUGAUAUUGAAUUUUGAGAAUUUCGACCCGACCGGCAACGAUAUCCGGAUAAUAUUGAAAAUAGGAGACGAUCUCAGACAAGAUAUGUUCACGCUACAGAUGCUGAGGAUAAUGGAUAGAUUAUGGAAAAAUCAUGGAUACGACUUCAGACUGAACGCGUACAACUGCAUAUCGAUCGAGUAUUCUGUCGGCAUGAUCGAGGUGGUGGAGGACGCGGAGACCGUCGCCAACAUACAGAAGCAGAACGCACCCUUCAACGCGGCGUCCACUAUAAACAAAGCGGCCUUGCUGCAAUGGCUUCGAAAGUACACCGACAACAACAACGAGAACGCCUUCAACAAGGCGAUCGACGAGUUCACGAUGAGCUGCGCCGGCUACUGCGUCGCCACCUACGUGCUGGGCAUCGCCGACCGACAUCCCGACAACAUCAUGGUCAAGAAGAGCGGGCAGCUCUUCCACAUAGACUUCGGCCAUUUCCUUGGACAUUUCAAACAGAAGUACGGAUUCAAACGGGAAAGGGUGCCCUUUGUGCUGACGCACGAUUUUAUAUACGUCAUCAAUAAAGGUCAGAAGGGCUCCGGCGAUAACAACGCUAUCGACUUCAAAAUAUUCAAGGAGCAUUGCGAAACUGCAUUCAAAAUCCUCCGCAAACAUGGACAUCUAAUACUGUCGUUGUUCUCAAUGAUGAUAUCGACGGGUCUGCCGGAACUCAGCUCGGAGAAGGACUUGCAAUACCUCAGAGAUACAUUAGUAAUGGAUCGGUCCGAAGAGAAAGCGAUGGAGCAUUUCCGUGAGAAGUUCUCGGACGCCCUGAAGAAUUCGUGGAAGACAUCCUUCAACUGGGUCUUCCAUAACUGCGACAAGAACAACUGACAGUGACCUCUGGGUAGGCGGCUGAAGGGACAGCCGUCUAGACAAAUGCCGCAGACGCUUUAAACAAUUAUCGACCUAACAGCCGAACGCGUACGGUCGAUCUUGGAGCAGACGUACGGAUCAUUGAGGCUUGCUUUUGAUAAACGUUUUUGUUACGAGAAACAAUAUUUAAACAGAGCUUUUGAGGUUCGAUUCUGUAGAGAUCAUAACACCGGAACGAUUUUGACGUUGCGAAUUGUCAAUUAUCUCCUGAGUAAAGUACUUGGUGUGUGUUUGCUCUCGUGCGGACAUUGUUCCGACAAGCGGUUCGCGUAGAAACCGCUUUUAGCUGACGCUAGACAGUAGAGGAAUUUAGUUGUUAAUACGAGACAGUUUGGCGACCGACCCGUAACUAAUUUUUACGACAUCACCAUAUGAAUAUACUUCGAUAAUGAAAUGAAGGGAAUUGUUACCAGUUUGUGACCUAAAAUUAGGAGUUUUUUUUUUUUAAAGUUAUUUAACUAGAAUAAAUAGGGUCGGUCGUAUCAUUAAAGUCCGAUAACGAACAUCGAAAUAGUGACUAUAAUAAUUGUUAUUUGACUUUUAAGUGUAAUCGAUAGAGUUAUCGAUAAUUAUAUAAACUUGCCUCUAAUCCGACGGUACGUCCAUUAUAUUAGAAGAAAGGUCGUCUCGGCUAUCAUUCUACUAAAAUAAAUGAUGGUUUAGUUCCGUUUGAAAAACAUGAAAAGAAGGAACAAUUUUAUUCAGCACAUUAAUUUAAAUCGACAAUGUUACAAAUUAUAUUUUUCUUUGUUAACGAUUAUCGAUUAAUCGAUGCUUUACAGAUAGUGAAUUUACUUUUGCAAUGUGACAUUUCCGAAAUGACAGCUGUCACCUUAUUACAAUGUUACCAGGAAAAACAUUCAAAAUUGUACUGUCAAAUUCUUAUUCGAAGACCGGUAACCGUUACGACGCAAAUUGCAGUAUCUCUUUUGACACGAACAAAAUUCAUUUACAAUUUGUGGUACUAUCUGCUAAUUUUUUUCGGUUCCACUGAGAAGUGCGCAAACGGGACUCGUAUGUUAAAAUAAAGACUGAUUUUUUUCUAUUGAUGUGAUAAAUACAAAAAAAGCUGAGACGAUCGUUUUUAUGUACGUUCAUUUAUCGAUGAUAGUACAAAAUUUAAAUGAACGUUUAUGUGAAGGCGACUGAGGUAAGACUUAAAUGACUAUGACGUUUUGAAAUAUAAAAAAAAAACAAUGACAGCGGGAACGUGUCAAAGACACAUGGAAUGUCGAUUUUUUUUUUAAAUCGCAUUUAAGAUCGUAGACUCCAGGCCAGCGGCGGCCGACUUGGCUGUGAUAUAGAAGCGCUUCGGCGUUUAUUAGUUUAAAAAAAAUAUGUUUUCGUUUACAUUACAUAUAUUAUUUAAUUUAUUCUAAAUUAUCUAUGUAUCCGUACCUGUUUUUCAACUAAAAUUCUUGAGACAGCAUAAUAUAUAUGACUUUAACGUCUUAUCAUGCAUGUUCCGCUAAAGUGCGGUCUAUGUUUGAUAAAAACGAACAUUCACAAAGGUACGAUACUACGAAAAUAUCCUAUUCGUAAAGACAAUUCGACUUAGUGUAGUUUAUUUUCUUGUAAUAUUUUCGUUGGAUGUUUUCGGAUCGAAAUUUCCCCUCCCUUUUUUAUUUAGGUUUAGUGUACUAGUUAAUUUUAAGGUUUUGGUUCGACAGGAAUGUGAGAAUGGCGAUAGGAUGGGCCGCCGCGAUUCUGAGGUCACGAUCGAUUGAACCGUACAUCGUGAACCGCGCGAGUACAUUAGGAGAAUUAUAUCACUGCUCUCAUCAUAAGCUGUAGUUUUAAGUAGGAAACGCUUCGUGCAAACAUUAAACCCAUACGUGCAUUCACUCAUAUAUUGAACCCGCAUCGGCACGUUUAUUUAGCAUAAUAUUAAGGUAGGCGUUCGCGUGUCGCUGACGGAAUCGAUUUGUAUGAGUUAUCUUUAAAUUAUAGCCGUUAUAGCAGUAUUAUAUCGUCGUUAAGGUUAAAAUUUAAUCUGCUUUAGGUUUUUUUUUGUGCACCGCUAUUUUUAAUUGCCGAAAAUAAAUCGAUAAUGACGUUAUAUCGAUACUGCGGAGUUGUAGCGUCAAAUCGAUAUUUAAAAAGAAAUCGAAAAUCGAAAAGUUAUUCCAAACAUUAAUGCUGGAUAAUCGGCGAAGGCUUACACUCGUGUGUCCAUGAUUUUAGGCAGAACUUCUGAUAACAUUGACUUAUCAUCACAAAGCGUUCGAUAAUUCUGCCAACACAUCUACAACCCGUUAGUAUUUUGACGUCGUCUGUUAAUUUAUUUCUGGCAAUCAAAAUCGGUGAAUAAGUUUACGCUACCUCAUAUCGUCGUGUAGUGCGGUUCCGAUGUUGCCACGCUCACGUGUCGUGAGUUAUCGAUUAUAAGCAAUGUAAUCUCUAGUUGUCGGAAUUCGUUACACAUUUUUUAUACAGUCCCUAUAAAGUUAGUGUUAUGUUUUAGAACCGAUUAGCGAAUAUUCAAGGACUCGACGUCCGAACGUAUGAUUAUGAAUAUUUAUAUAAUUGAUACGCCUUAUUUGAUAUGUAAUAUUAUAAUUUAGCGUUUAGUUGUUGCUGUGUACGAACGACGGAGAAUGCUUAGGGGAAUCGAUUAAGAUUUGUUUCGCAUCGGCUAUUAUGACCAUUUGAAUUCGGCAUUUAUUCCGAUCGCUUUGGUUUGGUUAAAAUAAUCAUAAUUAAAUUACAUUAGUCACAUUUAACUUGGAUGUCGUUAGUUAUUGACUCGAUUUAGAAGCAGAUCCGGUUUUACCUGUUCUAAAACGACUGUGUGGUCGAAUAUUUCUUAAUUACUCAAAUGAAUUUCGUAAUAAAUAUUCGUAAUUCACUAUCGUAGAUCGUGUGAAUAACGUUAUUGGCAGUUGAAUAUGACGUAGAUUCGGGAAUCACAGGUAUAUCGAACUUUUUAAGAUUUCCUUUAGCGACGUGUUUCAAGAAACAAUAAAGGUGUAUGUAAUGUGCAAAGCGCAUUUUGCGAUUUCAUUGGGUUUCGUUUUGAUAGCUAAAUAAAUAAAUAAAAAACUUUGAGUAUAAUUUAAUUUUCAUGAAACGAAUCAAAACUGAGUUCGUUGCUAAAAGAAACUGACUCGCGUUUGUUUUAAAACAUAUUAAAAAUGCUAGUAAAUGUGUAGGUAUCAAAAUAAAUAAUCAGAAAUCUAAGCAUAGGUUUUUUUUUAUAUCUUGAAGUGGCGUGCAUGCGAAGUUUCACUUCUAUAGUGUAACGGAUGUCCCACUCUUUUAAAUCGCUAGGCGUGGUUGCUUCUCGACAGAAACAAGUAGUAUGGUGGUAUCUAUCCUAACACACCACCAGGAAAUAUAUUUUAUUUUGCUUAUUUGGUUUUUAUUACACAUUAUACUUUCAUCUUGAAAGUCAAUCGACAAAGUAUGUUUAGUACUGUUUAAUUAAAAACCCAAUUAUAACGCGUUUUCAUAUUACGCGAUUUCAAGCCCUAUAACGCGGAACUAAUCUACCGCGUUAUAGGGGGGGUUACUGUAUUUCACAGAAUUUCUUCGAAUGUCAUGUUAGAUCGAUUUAAUAACUAGAUAUUACAACACGAUUUGAAGUUAUUGGCCGUUCAACUUUUUUUUUGUCGUAUCCGCUCUUGUAUUAUAAAAAGCAUUAUUUGAUAAAUUAACGAGAGAACUGGUCUAAGAACAGUUUCGUUGUAAUUUGAAACAAAUACAUCACAAUAUAGUCGAACUUAGCCUGUGACAGAGUACUGAAAGUUUUAAACGUGAUCGACAGGGUCACACUUGAUUCAAAAUAAUGUUAUUGCUUUAAACUAUACAUGCAAAAAUACUGAAUAAAAUCCGAUAUGAAUAUAAACGUGAUUGGAUCGAAUGAAAUAAUCGAUUAAAGUUUUGUAUCGAUACAUCGUUAUGUUAAUCGAUACAUUGUUAUGUUUACCGAUGUGAGACUAAAUUGUAAUGCGAUACAACGUUGCGGUCAGUGUAUUGAUUUAACAGAAAUUAUUUAGGCCAUCUAUAAUUUCGCUAUUAUGUUACCUGAGAUUUCGUUACGAAUUUGACCUAUAUAUAUAAUUUUAACAUUAACGUUCUAUUAAAAUCCAGAAUACGUUCGAAAAUGGUCAUGUAAAAUCGAAAUUGAGCUGUCUGUAUUAAUUUGCAUCAAGAAUCAAUGUAAAUCUGACAUUUAUUGAUAUUAACACCGGAUCGUGGUUCCAUAAGCCAGGUUCAGCUUGCCGAAACUGUUAACAUACCUUGUUCUUUUUCCCUAUGUACAUAUAUUCGAAUUUAUUUAGUUUCAAUCAAGAUUUAGACUUGUUCCGUUUGAAUAAAGACUAAUUUUAAAUGUGCACUUAUUUAAUGUUUCAACGAACACUGCCAAUUAGAAAAUGGUAGACUGAAAGUCUUCACACGUUAGUUAGCAAUAGUUUAAGCACUAUAAUCUGCAGCCAGUUGCGUUCUGAACAUUACGAGGAAUCUAUUAUAUUGGAUGUGCUUAUGCAAAAAUGACCCACUCCAUUAAAGCUUUUAAGAUUUGAAUUUCAUGAUGUAUUAUGAUGUGCUCAAAUCAGUCAAACCUCGAAGUAUGAAUACUGUUUUUAAAUGCAUUAUUAUCGACAAUUGUAUUAGCUAAUUAUGACUUCAAAGUGAAUUGGAUCAUUUAUGCAUAACAACGUCCGCUGUAGUCCAAUAAAUAGCCUAAUUUAAUGUAAGUGCAAUAUGGUUUGUAAAUAAAAGACGCUAUAUACAGUUCUGAAAGUAAUUAUUUAUUGUCUUUGUCGAAUCUGAUAUUAGGUCUUAUAGCGAUGAUAGUUCUGAUACAACAACAGUUAUUACAGCAAAGAUGAAUUGUUGAAAAAAUAGUACAAUAAUUUGACCUUUUCAGAAUUUCAGAACGUUGGGCCAGUUAAUUGGCAUUAUCGAUAAUAUUCUAUUGAUAAGUAACGUUAGAAUUCAGCUAUCAAAAUAUAUCACAGCCCCACUAUUUUAUUCAAUGUUCAACUCAUAAUAGUAAUAAUAGUCACAAUAAUAAUAAUAGAUUAUGGAUAUUAAUGUAUAAUAAUCGUGUUUAUAAUCUCAAACAUUACAACAGUAACUAUUAAUGAUAUGAUACAGUUUAUCAUUUCUAUUUAUAUUAUGUCACUAGUUUAUUUUGUGUGUUUAAUUAUUAAUAUUGCAUAAAUAGACAAUUUAUUAGUUUUGUGUACAUACAAUAUUGUAGUUCGAUUAGUUAUGAAAUUGAAUCAUUAUCGAUGUAUCAACAACAGUAAUGUCUCGAUUUCGUACUAUCUUGUGAUAAAAAUGUUGAAAUUUUAAAAUACUUAUAUUAAUAUCUAUUUCAACACAUUCGUUUUUCUCUUAAAAAGCAAAUUUACCAAAAUGUCAUCGUAAAAUACAAUAUUUGGCCAUAUUUUACAUGAUUUGUUAAUAGGAUAAUAUAAUGCUUCCUCAAUAGCUAUAAAUAAGGAGAACGAUUCAUUUUUAGCAUUAUGUCAAAUUGAAGAUUAAUAUCGAUAAAAUUUAUAUUAAUCGAUUUUGAAAUUAUCGUAAACAUCACAUUUUAAAACAUACAAAUGAGUAUGUUAUUUAUUUAAACAUAUUAUAUACUAGGCGAGUUUCUUUUUGAACUCAGUAGGGCCCGUUGAAGAAUUGCUUGCUCAUUCGCCUACUGACAUCACUGAAAUAUACCUAAAUGCCAAGUGAUUUCAGUUCGUCGAAUCUAUUUAAAUAAUGUAACUAUUACAUUGAUAAAGUCAUCAAAGAUAUUCCUUAUACAACCAAACUUUCGGUUCAAACUACUCGAGUAUAAUUCUGCACUUAAUAUAUUAAAUGGAAAUGUUAUUAAUGUAUAACUUUUCUUGGCAUUUAUUGUCAUAGUUUUCUUUUAAUUCGAUCGAACAGACCCCGGUCGUACGGAUGAAGAGAUAUCACCAAAUAAUAAUUAUAUGAAGGGAAAGUCUAUGUUAAAGCAAUGUUAUUGUGAAAUAGUCUGUAAGUUUUCAUAAUUAUACAUGUAAUUUAGCCAUAUUGCUAAUUAUAUUAAGGUUCAUAAAGCAUCUCAAGUCUACAUACAAUAGUUCCUUUGUCAUGUGUCAUUUAAUCAUACAAGUUACGUGAGGAUUUGUUAUAGGAGAAUAUUAAAAAGUAUAUAAUAGAGAAAAAAAUACCCAUUAUUAUUUGCUAUCUCAAAUAUGAUUUUUUGAAUAAAUAUUUACAUACGA